GAUCGGAGCUGCGAGAGCGGCUGCGGCGGCGCGGGGCGGCAGCGGGUGGUCGCGCGGCCCAGCGAAGGCAGAGGCGGCCGAGACCAUGGCUGGAGGCAAAGCUGGAAAGGAUAGUGGGAAGGCCAAGGCCAAGGCAGUGUCUCGCUCACAAAGAGCUGGACUACAGUUUCCUGUGGGCCGCAUCCACAGACACUUGAAGACUCGCACCACAAGCCAUGGACGGGUGGGUGCCACUGCUGCCGUAUAUAGUGCUGCGAUUCUGGAGUACCUCACUGCUGAGGUGCUGGAGCUGGCAGGUAAUGCUUCCAAGGAUCUCAAAGUAAAGCGUAUUACUCCACGUCACUUGCAGCUUGCAAUCCGUGGUGAUGAAGAGUUGGAUUCUCUUAUCAAGGCUACCAUAGCUGGGGGUGGUGUGAUCCCUCAUAUCCACAAAUCUCUGAUUGGAAAGAAGGGACAGCAGAAAACUGCUUAGAGGGUUGUUUUAACCAAUCCUCUUCCUCCCGUCAUUGUACUGUAACUGGGACAGAAGAUAACAGUGGGGAUGUGUGGAAUUUUAAAAAACAGUUAAAUGGAAAGGCAUAGACAAUUACUGUAGACAUGCUAAAAGAAACAUUUGUAUGUUCUUAGACUCGAAGUUUGAUAAAGUACCUUUUCAUGUGGUGACAGUGUGUGUUGAUUGGCUAGGUUUCUCCCAUAUGUUUUAUACAAAAAUGGAAUUGAUAAACCAUUUUUUACAAAA